AUGAGAACCCGCCGCCAGACCGAUGGGAAAGGAGGUGCGGUGUCCAAGCUGGACAUCCGCGGGGCCGCCGGGGGCCCCUCCUCCCCAGCCGCCCUGCACGGCCGCCUGAGCAGCGAGCGCCCCUCCUCUGCGAUCCUAUUGGCCACGGGUUCCGCCGCAUCCCCUGGCUUCGCGGAGGCGUCCUUCGAAGACGAAGCCGGUUCGUUGCUGUCGUCCUCGUCCGUCGCCGCCGCCGGGGGGCACGCAGACGGGGACGAGGAGGAGGAGGCGGGGACGGGAGACAAGGGGGGGGGCGCGCACGUUGUUGGUCCCGGGGAGCUCGGCAUCCGAGGGGUUGAGAAGGACUCCGUGGGAGGGGGGGGGGCGCGUGAUGACAAGAUGGAGGACGCGGGGGGGAGGGAGGAUAGUGACAGCAGGGCGCCCAAGCGAUUGAAGGGCGGGGGCGAGGAUGAAGAGGCCGGCAUGACCAUCGCCGAUAGGCUUGAGGCUCUUUCGGCCGCCGUGGACCACGAAGCGGAGAGGGCUUGGGCGGAUAAGGGGGGCCGCAUGGCUUUGGCUUGGGCGCCGGGGGGGGAGGGGGGCGCCGUGCAGCCGAGGGCGGAGUCUCUCUCGACGGUACUCACGCAGGCGCUGCAAUCGGGGGACGAGAGCUUGCUGGAGCAGUGCCUUGACGUGGUCGACCAGGGCGUGAUCGAGGCAACGGUUGAGCGCCUGCCUUCUUCCAAGGUUUUGCAGUUCUUGCUCAGGGUGGUGGCCAAGCUGGAGAAGCGUCCGAACCGCGCGGCCUCCCUGGGGCGGUGGAUACGAGCCCUCUUGUCGUGCCACCUGGGUUACCUCGUUUCCGUCCCGGGUUUGCCGGAAAAGUUGGCGUUGUUGCACCAGCUGAUCGACCGCAGAGUCGCGUCCUUCCCCAAGCUGAUCCAGCUCCACGGGCGGCUCGAUCUUCUUCUCGCCCGCGCUAAGGCUGAGAGCAGCAGGCGGGACGCGGCUGGGGCAAGGGCGAUGGACACGCCGGAGUCGGUGUACAGGGAAGAGGACGAAGAUGAGGAGGACGACGAUGCCGAGGAAGAGGAAGAGGAAGGGGGAGCAGAAAGCGGAGAGGAAGAUGAUAGCGGAGAGGACGAAGAGGAAGGAAGCGGAGACCAGCAAGACAUGGACGAAGAUGAUGAUGAUGAUGACGACGAUGACGAUGACGAAUGAACAUCUUUACACAGAUAGAUUAUGUUAUCGUUAGGCUGUCUUGUCGCGUUGUGGGCAGAUACGUACGUGUUCCGGAUGGAAGCAGCCUUGCUGCUUGCGUUCAAUUCGUGGUAGAGAGGCUAGCGAAAUUGGCGUUAACUGUCGUAGCAAGCUCGACGACCGAUGAAGAGUUUUCCUCCACCGUUGUCGGCAUUUUUGUUGCGGGCGUUCUUUCUGAAAUGAUUUUGCAGGCGGGGAACAACCGCAGAGAGCUAUGACAUCGAAUUUUUCAAUUUUUCUACUAUUUCGUGCAUCGGCCCCCCUAAGGUAAAGGGAUUGAUUGCAGUGCAGUGUCUGUUCUUGCGGAAACACGCGGCUUCUGCGCGAAAUAAUGUCAGCGAUAUCCUCGACAGUCCUUGAAGCUGUGCUUUUUUCUCUAGAGGCAGAGAGUGUUGUUUUUUUGUUUGCAACUGGACAUCUGCCAAACUUUGUUGUCGCUCAGCCUACGGGAGUAUUUCUCUGUAAUACUAUUUGAACCCGCACCUUAUUCUCAGACAUUGCGAGUGACAUCGCACCGUU